AUGAUUGCUCCCCAGGUGAAGCAGGUAAUCUUGCAGGAGAGGUCUGUGGAAGUGAAACAACAACACAAGAAGACUGGUGUCUUGACUGCGGAGCUGGUUUCCAGCCGUGUGAACCAGCUCAGACGGGUUGGCACUGGGCUGCAGCACCUGUACUAUCAACUGUCUCUGCCUAAUCACAAUCUCAGCGACAUCUCUGUCUUAAGCAACUUUGUCCAUCUUCAAAAGCUGGAGCUGCCUCACAACAAAAUUCAAGAUUUGUCCUGCCUGAGCCACAUGCCCUACCUCGUCGUCCUGGACGCCUCCCACAACCAGAUCUCCAACUUCUUUGGAUUCCAGCCACCCAAGAACUUAAAGGAGGUAAAUUUCUCCCACAACCGCAUGACAGCAAUGAAGGACCUGUCCGCGUAUUCAUCUCUGAGCAAACUGGAUCUAGACCACAACAGCUUCAGCGAGGUCAGUGGUCUGGAGAAAUGCUGCCGGCUCGCUCAUCUCAGCCUCGCGUGCAACAAGAUCUCCAGGAUCCACGGCUUGGACAACCUGCCGCUGAGUCAUCUGUGCCUCAGGGGGAACCGGCUGGAGAGGAUUGAAGGGUUGGAGAAUCUAAAGAGUCUGCAGGUUCUCGACUUGUCUCUGAACAGCCUCAGCAGCCUCUCUGGCCUCCAGAACCUCCACCUGCUGGGCUCCCUCGACCUUGAGAAGAACCUGAUUUGUGAGAUUCAGGAGUGUAAGCACAUUCACGAUCUUCUCCUGUUGAGGGACCUCAAUCUGCUGCACAACCCCGUCCAGGAGCAAAGAGACUACAGACUGUCAGUUGUUUAUCUUCUGCAACACCUCACUCUGCUGGACCAAGAGGAAGUCACUGCUAGAGAAAAGGUGGCGUCCGUGAACAAAUACGAUCCUCCAAUGGACGUGGUGGCCGCCCGAGAACACAUGACCCACCUUUUGUAUCAGCUGAUGCAGCCCCAGCUGCUCUAUGACAGUACCUUGCCCAGUGCCGACUCUCCCUAUCCCAUGCUGGUGCUGACGGGUCCUCAAGGCUGUGGGAAGAGAGAGCUGGCCCACCGACUGUGUCAGGACUUUAACGAGUACUUUGGAUAUGGAAUUUGUCACACCACAAGGGAGCCGUACUUCGGGGAGGAGAAUGGAAAGGAUUACCAUUUUGUCACUGAAGAGGACUUCCAGACCAUGAUUCACAUGGGUAAGUUUAUGCAGACCCUGCAGUACGGGGGUCACAGCUUCGGGCUGAGCAGAGACGCCAUUGAGGACGUGGCCAGAGAGGGACUGGCCUGCUGUUUGCAUGUGGAGCUGGAGGGUGUGUUCAGUCUGAAGAACAGCUCCUUCGAGCCUCGGUACAUCCUCCUCAUCCCCACCCGAGAGGACAAGUACAGGGGCCACCUCAGGGGCCGUGGGCUCUACACCCCGGAGCAGAUCGACAUGGCCGCCUCCCGUCUGGAGCUCUACAGGAACACCAACAGGCAGCGGCCGGGCUUCUUCGAUGAAGUGAUCCCCUGUGAUGACUGGGAAGAAACGUACCCAACACUGAGGCAGAGGGUGAAAGAAUAUCUGGUGAUGGAGGAGCAGGAAGAAGAACCCAACAACAUGGCGCUCCCUGGCAACAUCUCCACAGGUCACAAGCGGGAUGAGAAGCCGGCGUCCCCUCCAGUGGGGUCGGGAUCAGGGACGCUCUCGUCCCACCUGGCCUCAGCUCUCGACCCCUCAGAUCCCGCCCACAGAAACUACAUUGCCAAGAUCCAGGCAGAGCUCGCCCCUCAGAAGAGCGCCGCGGAGCUGGCGUCCAUCAGAAGGCGUGAGCAGCUGGUUCGGGAAGCGAUCGUGGGGAAGAGCCCGGGGGUCUACAGCCAGCUCUUCAAAAGCUCUCCUCUAACGGCACCGUCACCAGAGCAGGGUCACGAUCCUGGUGCACAUUUCUGUGACGAUCACAGCCUGGACGAGACUCGGGCCAGUUCAUCUCUGUCCGUGCCCAGUUCAGCUGGGGCCCUGUUUGUCCCAGUGGCUCCGCUCGAAACCGCUGACCCUGGACAAGCCUCGAAAACACUCGAAGAUCCCCUGGCCUCAGACCCCGCCACAGACGCUCCCCAUCCAGACACAGAUCAACCGGCUGAGGACGUGUCCCCGUCCUCCGUUCGACGUCCCGGAUCCAACGUCAAGCCCAUCCUCCCCCCCAUCCCCACUGGGCGCAAGACCCCCGCAGCGCCCAGCCCGGCCCCCUCUCCCAGAGCAGUCGGAAAGGGAAGACAUGCAAACAAGAAGCAGUAGCUUUUAAAAGUAGUUUAAGAAAGUCAUAAAUCAAAAGUAACUUCUGAUUGUUAGACAACACUUUAAACUUUGGAAGACGAUCCAACAAGGUUGAUCCGUUCAGAUUGAUAGAUAUAUAAGUUUAUAAGUUGAAAUAUUAGCUCGAUAUGCUCAAUUAAAGAGAAUCACUAACAGGCGACCAUUAAAACCACAGAUCUGCUGUUAUCUCGGAUCGAGGUGCGAUACACUGUCAGCACUAGCCUCUUCCUGUUCCCUGCUCCUCAUGUCACAACACGUCUGGGUCUUUUUACACUUGCUUUGUGGCGUAUACUUGAUAAGAGAUGGUGUUAAUGACCAUAUAUAAGGGGACUAUAUAGUGUAAUUAUAGGCAAAGUUGUGCGUUUCCUCAUCGGGCCUGAAGCUCGAGCUGUCGACACACACUACGAGUCAGCCUCACGUGGAUUGACACACACACACGUCUUUCAUUUAAGAUAAAUACAGUGUAGCAGAGAAACUACUGCUUUGUCUUUCUGUAUUAACACCUUUUAGAUUUAUGAGCAUGGGGGGGACGCAUUCAUCUUGGAAAAGCUCACGUCGACCAAGUAUGUCCUGUUUUAUGAAUGUGGAUUAAUUUCCCCGACAGUGAAGUGGCAUUACGCUUCCCGCUGCUCAGUAAUCUCAUCAAAUAGGAUUUGCUAUUGACAUCUAGAUACUGAUCUUCUAUGUGUAGCGUAGAGCUGCUUGUCAUCGCAUGAAAAAUACAUCAUUAAUCUUUAUCUCCUGUGUUUGGGAUUAUUUAUUCAACUGGAAAAGUAUUCACAUGGAAGUUGUUGACAGGUAUUAAACAGCGAGCCAAAACAAAAAUGUCUGAGUGAGUUUGUGUCGGUGUGUGUGUGUGUGCCCCACAUAGCCACGCACACUUGUGUAUCCGCUUGUUUGUGAAUUUGGCAAAGCAUUGUUUAUUUGUGUCUCAUAGCAAAUGUCAUCUGUCACAGAUGUAUGCAUUGCUUAUUAAAAC